CGGCUUGUCUUCUCCUUGUAUGUUGGUCAAUAGAAGUGAGGUUUAGAAGAGUGAACUGACAACUUGCUUCCCUUGUGAGCUAUUUAGAUCCAGUUUGAGAUCCAGAUUCCAGACUUUACUUUUCGUGUACACUAGUAUCCUGCUCCAUGUGAAAGAGUUCCACAUCCUGUCAAACUCCAGAAUCCGGGCUUUGUUCUCCAAUUACCGAAGACACUCGCCAAUGCUCCAGUUCCAUACUUUACAUUCUCUUGUGUGUAGAUCCAUGUGAGAAAGCUCCUGCUCCCAUUGUGAAUCCAGCGCCGAGUUUUGCUCCAAUUGUGAGAACAAUCCAGAUCCUGCUUUCUACUACAUUUCCAGGCUUUACUCCCCUUGUGUCGGGUCCAUGUGAGAAAAAGAAAAAAAAAGUUCCUGCUCCAUUACCCAGUCUCCUGGUUUUAUCAUUACUCGUUUCCGUGUGAAUUUUCCAGGUCCAACUUGUGAUCCAGCUCCGGGAUUUACAUCUUGUUGUGUCCGGGGCCCAAGCUACCCAGCUCCAGUUCCUGCCUGUAAUCCAGCUCCGGGUUCUGAAAUCUAUCACAGUGUGGGGGGCAGCAAGCUCCUGCCGGGUUCCAAUCCCCGGUUUCCUAACUCCAGCCCAGUGUAACAACCGGGGAGCCCGGCUCCCCUCGCAAGCUCCAGUCCCGGGUCUUGUGGCCUCUUUUCCCUCCCCAGUCCCAGACUCCAGCUCCGCGCUUUGCGGCCUGUCUCUCCUCCUCCUCCUUUCUCGGUAAAAUGGCCUCUCCUCCUCCUCUCCACCGCCUCGUGUCCGACUGAGCGGCUCCCCCUCCCCUCCUGACCGAACCCAGCCCGACGACCCCGGGGGGGGAGGCCUCCUCCAUCCCCACCCUCUUCUCCAGCCCUCCAUGGCCGCUCAGGUGGCUCCGGCCUCUGGCCCCAGCCUGGGGGGGACCCCGCCCGCCGCCGGCCCCGAGUUAAAGAAGAGCCCCGGGGACCCACCUCCUCCCCCGCAAACCGAAACACAAGCGGAGGCCCCGGCCAAUACCGACAACGACCCGCCAGAGACAGCUAAUGGAACGCGAUCGGCACCGACCUCCACUUUAUCAGAGUCUGGGGAUUCUCCUGCGGCCUCGACCGCUUCUUCGCACCCGCCUGGUGGAUUCGGCUUCUCGCCUUACCCUCGGGCGUCAGUGUUUCAGCCUGGCCCGGGACUAGACUAUGCGCCUCCCGCCGAGGCCUACAAUUCAUACCCGACUUACCCCAACCGGGCCUACCCACCGGGAUAUCCUCCGCCCCGCCCGGCAGCUUCCUCAGGCAAACCCCCGGCUCCGGCCUAUCCUCCACCCCCUCCCCGGUUCGGGCCCGCGCAGCCGGCAGCAGCCACACCGACCCUCAAUCAGCUACUGACAGCGCCCAGUCCUGGGCGGGGAUACCCGUCCUACCCUGGGGGAGAGUACUCGGAGCAGCACAAGGGACCCGAUGGAUACAGUGCCGGCUGGGCCACGGUGCAGAGGGGAGUCCAUCCGCCUGGAAGUCCUGGAAGCGGCGGACAAGGCCUGCCCAGAACACCGCAGCAGCCCUCCAGCCCGAUGGAUCAGAUGGGAAAGAUGCGUCCUCAGCCCUAUGGCUCCAGUAACCCCUAUGGCCAGCAGCAGGGUGGGCAGCAGUCACACUCCGGGUACCCAGUGCAACCUUACCCCACACAAACGCCACAAAGAUACCCAAUGGGCAUACAGGGCAGACCACAGGGAGGGAUGAGCAUGCAGUAUGGGCAGCAGAUGGCUCCAUAUACUCAGCAGGGAGCUGGACCAUAUCCCCAGCAGAGUCAGUCUCCAUAUUACAAUCAGCAGGGCAUCCACCCUACACAGCAGCAGACCACCCCUCCUCAGACCCCCUACUCACAGCAGCAACAGGCACCUCCCCAGUCCUACUCUCAGCAACAGCCCCCCUCUUCUCAGCAGCCUCCUUCAAGCCAGUCUAAUCAGCCCUCAUUCACCCAACAGCAGCAGUCUCCAUCACCUUCUCCGUAUGCCCAGCAGCAGCAGGCACCCCCUGCCACUUCACAGAGCCAGUCGCCAUAUACUCAGCAAGGUCCUCAAUACCCUGCUUCUCAGCAGCAGGGAUCUUCCUACUCCUCCUCUUCAGGGGCACAGCAAGGUGGGACAUACUCCCAGCAGCAGCGCUUCCCUCCACCACAGGAGCUCUCUCAGGAUUCCUUCACAUCGCAGGCCUCAUCUACUCCUUCUCUGGGCUCCAGUAAAGGACAGGAUGACUUGAGCCUGGGUAUGCAGGCACGGCCCUCAAGUCUGCCGGAUCUCUCAGGCUCAAUUGAUGACCUCCCAAUGGGCACAGAAGGGGCACUAAGCCCAGGAGUCAGCACUUCGGGUAUCUCUAGCAGCCAGGGAGAGCAGAGUAACCCAGCCCAGUCCCCCUUCUCACCUCACACAUCUCCUCACUUACCUGGCAUUAGGGGACCUUCUCCAUCCCCAGUGGGUUCCCCAGCUAGUGUGGCACCUUCCCGCUCUGGACCCCUCUCGCCAACAUCUGUUCCUGGAACCCAAAUGCCCCCACGUCCCCCCAGUGGGCAGUCUGAUGGCAUGAUCCACCCAAACAUGAACCAGGCUGGCCUUGGGCAAGAGAGGGGAUACAUGCAGAGGAAUACACAGAUACCUCAAUACGGAUCCCCACAGCCUGGACCAGCACUUUCACCUCGCCAGUCAUCGGGGACACAGAUGCAUGCUGGGAUGGGGCCUUACCAGCAGAAUUCCAUGGGGAGCUAUGGCCCUCAAGGGGGACAGUAUGGACCCCAAGGUGGGUACCCUCGGCAGCCAAACUACAGUGCCAUGCCUAAUGCCGGCUACUCUGCUGGGAGCAUGCCGCCUCUGGGUGCAGGAGGGCAGAUGCAUACUCAAGGAGGUAUGCCUCAGUAUGGGGGACGUAUAGUACACUCUUCCAUGGGCGCUCGGCCGUAUGGACCCAACAUGGGAAGUAUGCCUCCACAGGUGGGAUCUGGGAUGUGUCCACCUCCUGGCGGCAUGAAUCGCAAAGCACAAGAGGCUGCAGGCAUGCAUGCAACCCCCAAUUCCAUACAGAGCAGGUCUCCUGGAUAUCCCAGUAUGAACCAAGGUGGAAUGAUGGGAUCUGGUCCUCCUUAUGGUCAAGGAAUGAACAGCAUGGCUGCCAUGAUGAAUGCACAGGGACCCCCAUAUAUGGGUGGGAACAUGGCUAACAACUCAGGCAUGACCGGAAGCCCAGAACUUAUGGGACUGCCAGAUGUUAAAUUGACACCUACUCCAAAAAUGAACAACAAGGCUGACGGGACACCAAAAUCAGAGACCAAAUCCAAGAAGUCCAGCUCAUCUACUACUACAAAUGAGAAGAUCACAAAGUUGUACGAGCUUGGGGUAGAACCAGACAGGAAGAUGUGGGUGGAUCGCUACCUGUCCUUUACAGAAGAGAAGGCCAUGGGCAUGACCAACCUGCCAGCUGUAGGCAGGAAGCCCCUUGACCUUUAUCGUCUAUAUGUUUCGGUCAAGGAUAUUGGAGGUCUCACACAGGUAAAUAAGAAUAAAAAGUGGCGAGAACUUGCUACCAAUCUUAAUGUUGGCACAUCCAGUAGUGCCGCCAGCUCUUUGAAAAAGCAGUAUAUCCAGUGCCUGUAUGCCUUUGAGUGUAAAAUUGAGAGGGGGGAAGAUCCACCACCAGAUAUAUUUGCCUCAGCAGAAGCUAAGAAGCAAGCUAAGAUCCAGCCACCUUCACCUGCUGGCUCAGGCUCCAUGCAGGGGCCGCAGACACCUCAGUCUACAAGUAGCUCAAUGGCAGAAGGUGGUGACCUCAAACCGCCAACACCUGCAUCUACUCCACACAACCAGAUGCCCCCUAUGCCAGGCAUGAGAAAUAAUUCCGUGGUCCUCCAGGACACAUAUGAUGGAUCCGACCCUUCCUACCAGAAACGCAAUUCCAUGACCCCUAAUACAGGAUACCAGACUGACAUGAUAAGCAGGAUGCCUUAUGAGUCAGGAAAAGAUCCCUACAGUAAUAUGAGGAAAGGUGAUCCUUUCAUGCCUUCAGGGCAGGGUCCUAGUGGGGGAAUGGGAGACCCCUACAGCCGGUCAGCUGGUCCUGGUAUGGGAAACAUGGCUCAACGUCAGCAUUACCCCUAUAGCGGUUAUGAAAGAGUGAGAGAUCCUGGAUUGGGCCCUGAAGGCACAAUUGGAAGUGGUGGCACUCAGUCAAAUAUGAUGCCUUCAAAUGCAGAAAGUGGCAUGUAUUCCCCAGGACGCUAUCCUCAACAGAGGCAUGAUUCCUAUGGUAACCAGUAUUCUGCACAAAGCACAGCUGCAGGCAGCCCCUAUCCCGGCCAACAGAACCCCAUGUACCAGCAGCCGAAUUACAAGCGUCCUAUGGAUGGCACUUAUGGACCUUCUUCAAAGCGUCAUGAGGGGGAUAUGUACAGUGCUCCCUACAGUGGAGCACAAGGUACUCAGGGGCAGCAACAGCCUCCACCUACUCCACAGGCACAGCAACCUCCUGGGUCUGUAGCACCCCCUGCCCCUGUACCACCUCAAACAACUCCCAGCACCCAGCAAACACAAGAUCCCUAUGGUCAGUAUGGAGGCAGCUACCCACAGAGUGGGGAUCGCCGACCAGCACCUUCUGGGCAAAACCAAUUCCCAUUCCAGUUUGGGCGUGAAAGGAUGUCAAAUACCCCCAGUGGUAACUCACAGCCAUCACUGCCCCCAAAUGUUAUGAGUGGCUCUGGAGAAGGACCUCAGCAGGGAGCCUUGUGGCAAGGAAGAGGUGAAAUGGGUUAUAAUUAUCAAGGCCGGCCAGGGCCACCUUCAGGAAAUGCUCAAGGACCUGGCUAUCAUUCUGGACCUCCACGUGGAGAGGAAAUGUUGCAUUCAGAUCAGCGACUGAGCCACGAGGGCCAGUGGCAACCUCAUGUAAACCGACAACAACCUCCUUUUGUGCCGACCCCUGGUCCCCCUUUGGCUCGAGCCCCUCCCCAGCCUGGAUAUCAGGCCUCUCCUAGCAUGUCCAACCAUUUGCCUCAGGUAGCUAGUCCGGCAACCACCCGGCCUCUGGAAGCCCAUACGUCACCCAGCAAGUCGCCUUUCCUGAAGAUGCAGAAGGCUGGACCUCCUGUGCCUGCAUCACACAUUGUACCAACCCCAUCCCAGCCACCACUCAUUCGCAGGGAUAUCACCUUCCCUCCUGGUUCAGUGGAGGCAACACAACCCAUACUAAAGCCAAGGAGGAGGCUGACUUCUAAGGAGAUUGGAACCCCAGAAGCAUGGCGAGUUAUGAUGUCCCUUAAAUCUGGCCUCCUAGCUGAAAGCACUUGGGCACUAGACACCAUUAACAUUCUUCUGUAUGAUGAUAACAGCAUCAUGACUUUUAACCUCAGCCAGCUUCCUGGAUUGUUGGAACUGUUAGUGGAGUACUUCCGCCGCUGCCUGAUAGAGAUCUUUGGAAUCCUACGUGAAUAUGAGGUUGGAGAACCUGCUCAAAAGAACCUGCUUCGGCCAUCCUACAGGGACACUCCCAGCCCUUUUUCAGAAGAUGAAACUCAUGAAGGAGAGGAUUGCCAACUUCAUAAAGAACUGUGCAGUGAAGAGGAAGAUGAAGGAGAGGAGGAGCGGAAAGCCUUUUCUGCGCCAUGUGAUACAGGAGAGGAAUGCCAACGGCAGGCAAGCAAGUUUGAUAAACUGCCAGUAAAAGUUGUUCCACGGGAAGAUGCCUUUGUAUUGGACUGCUCACAUCAGCUGGGACGUCGGCAAGAAUUUGACAGCGGCCUGCUACACUGGAGGAUAGGAGGAGGAGACACCACUGAGCACAUUCAAACUCAUUUUGAAAGACGCCCUGAUCCUCCUAUCCGUAGACGCCCAACAACCAAACGCCGCUCUCGAGAGCCUCAUGCCCCAGCAGCAGAGGACACUGCUCCCACUAUUGAUGAUGUCCUUUGCUGUCGGCCUAAUUCUCUACCACAUGAAGGGAAUGAGGUUCUUGAAGAGGAAUCUGAAUUCCAUUUGGGAGGUAGUUCUCCUCCAAGAAACCGGCGUGGUGUAAAGAUCCUAGAGGAUGAACCACGCAGCAAAGAUGAGACCCCGUUGUGCACACUGGAGGAGUGGCAGGACGCUCUUUCACGACGCUGUGUGUGCAUCUCCAAUAUCUUGCGUAGUCUGUCCUUUGUGCCAGGCAAUGAUCUGGAGAUGUCCAAACACCCGGGACUACUACUUUUGCUAGGAAAACUUGUGCUCCUACAUCAUAAACACCCUGAACGUAAGCAAGCACCUCUCACAUAUGAAAAAGAGGAGGAACGGGACCAGGGUGUAAGCUGCAACAAGGCUGAGUGGUGGUGGGACUGCUUGGAAAUGCUGCGGGAAAACGCACUAGUCACUCUUGCCAACAUCUCUGGGCAGUUAGACCUAUCCCCAUAUCCUGAGAGUAUCUGUCUGCCUAUCUUAGAUGGCCUCCUUCACUGGGCAGUCUGUCCGUCAGCUGAGGCCCAAGACCCCUUUUUGACACUGGGCCCCAAUGCAGUGUUGUCCCCCCAGAGACUUGUACUGGAAGCCCUGAGUAAAUUGAGUAUCCAGGACAGCAAUGUGGACCUUAUAUUAGCGACACCACCCUUUAGUCGUCUUGAGAAGCUGUAUGGGACUUUGGUGAGGUUUCUAAGUGACCGCAAAAAUCAUGUGUGCAGAGAAAUGGCAGUGGUGCUUCUGGCCAACCUUGCACAAGGGGAUACCCUUGCAGCUAGGUCCAUAGCCCUACAGAAGGGAAGCAUUGGAAACCUUCUGGGUUUCUUGGAGGACAGUCUGGCGGCUACCCAGUUCCAACAAAGUCAAGCCGCUCACUUACAUGGCCCUUCUGCCUCCUUUGAGCCUACCAGCACAGACAUGAUGCGACGGGCAUCUCGUGCCCUUCUUGCAUUGGCCAAGGUGGAGGAAAAUCACACUGAAUUUACUCUGUUCGAGUCCCGCCUUCUGGACAUCUCUGUAUCGCCUCUCAUGAACUGCUCUGUGUCACAGGUAAUCUGUGAUGUCCUCUUCUUGAUUGGUCAGUCAUGACGGCUGCAGGGGGACGCUCUCCCAUAAUUUUUUGCGCCUCCCACCACUGUAGAGUGGAAACCUCCCUGACUGUUGGUACCCCACCCCCACUCCCUCCCCUCUUUUUAUUUAUGCAAAAACCAUGUCUCAAUCCACUGUCAGCCCCAGAGAGGAGACUUGGCCACCAUAAUGGACAUUCCCUGCCCUUAUUCCUCUCUGUGUUUUGGUGUUAACCAAAGCUACUGUAUUUCAGCGAAGAAAAAAAAAUUGAAAAAAAAAAUUGGGGGAAGGGACUCCACUGUACCUACACUCCCCUCCCCCUAUCUCUACUGCCCCCCUUUCCUUUAACGUUUAUGGCAGCGUAGGGGUGGGCUCAAUGUUUUAAGGAGAUACUGACUUCUAAACAUCCGAGGAGGAGAAAUAGACUCCUAAAAUAACUUGCAGGAUUGCCCUCCUUGUUCUCACCUUGCAAUCUUUAGAAUAGAAUUUGUGUGCCCUCAACCUGAAAAGAGAAAGGAUAAAACACCCUGAAAAAACAAGACUUUACCUUUUUAACUGUGCUAUGAAACCCCGCAGAAUCAGAACGGAGCUGGAAAAACCCCACAACCUCAGAGACUCCAGAUGUAGGUUUUUAAAUGGAGAGCGACAAGGAGGCGCUUUUAGUUUUCCGGAGGAGAGAGACACAAGUCGCUUUUCCCCCAAAGUAUCAUGUGAAGCAACACCCUUACCUCUUAAACUUAGAUUGUAAUAAUCGGAGAUCGCCUCUUAUAACUGGUUUUAACCUUUAGCUUGUAGGUUGCAAGCUGCGAUGUCUGUAUAUAUAUGAUGAUGUACAUUGAAGACACUUCUUGUAUCCCCUAACCUUCCUGCUCCCGCACACCUCCACAUGGGCUCUUCCCUAUACAUCUGCAGCAAGUGGGGGAACACGGUUACUCUAUUAAACCCCCCUCAAUUUCUUGCUGUCCUCCAUAGGGACGGUGUAUGGUGGAUGGCUUGUUUCACUGAACAGCGGUUUCCUCCACACACACACACCCUGUUCCACCCCCUCACCGUUUGUAUAUCCAGCAAUUCUAUCAACUUUAAAAAAAAAAAAAAAUUCUUUUCCAAUCAAGGUGUGAGUUUUCUUUCUUCCUUUUUUCUUAGUUUCAGUUCCCUAAAACCAAUUGAGAAUUCUUUUCCAGCGAUUUCUGCAUAUUUGUAGCUCCGAAAAAUGUAAAUUUCAGCAGCCUAUUCCUUUUGUUUUAUUUUAUUUUUUGCUUAUUGAAUAUAUCAUUUAUUCAGUAUGAAAUCUUUAUACUCUAUGUUCCCGUGUUACGAAUAAAUGUACAUUAAAUCUUGUUAA